AUGUUGCCACCGUUCGAGAGCGAGGAAGUGAUGAGUCUGGCGCGGGCGUGGAUCGCAGUGGCAUCAGGCCCUCCAGCUGAGCAGAGCGUCGAGUUGUUCUGGAAGCAAGUUGGGUCUGAGUAUGUAAUAUGCCGCCAACGUUUGGACGUCGGACGGUUGAUGAGCUGCAGAGACAAUGGCAAUCCAUGCGUCCCCAAUAUGGUGGCCUUCGUCACGCUCUUCAGUCAGAAAUACAAGAGAUCAACGGAUGCUUCGCUUUCUCUGGCUUUCGAGUGGGCUGUCAAGACCUUCCGAGUAGCUACGAAGAGAGAGUUUGAGUAUGUAGCGCCAAAACUUAUGCAUCAAUUUGCCUCGAUGCACGAGGAAGAAGAACUGAGCGAAGAACAAGAUGAAGGGGGCCGACCUCCUGUUCCACAAUCUCCGAAGACGCCAACGUCUCCCGUUUGUGGAAAUACGCGAUCAAGGAGCGAGGGCGACGAAGAUGAGAGGCGCAUGCGACAGAGGAUCGAGUACGCAAACCCCUACGUCGAAUUGGAUUUGGCAAGCGAAGGCUCAACGCCACAGAAGGCAAGUGUAGUACAAGCUGGAUCAGAGGGGCGUGACGACGACGACACUGGUAUGGCACGAGUGCUGGAGCGUCGACUGGAGCUGGAUAUCAUGACACAGAGUGAGGUUGGACUGUCGGUUGAAGCAAAGGAGUAUCUCCGCCUGCAGCGUCGAUUGAUCCUGCAAAACCUGAUACCGAAAACGCUGGAUCAACCGUGGUAA